AGCCGGGGGGAGGGCGCCGGCCGGAGGAGGGGCGGACCCGCCUGCUCCGCCCGCCCGCCCGCGCCGCGCCGCGCCGAGCCGAGCCGAGCCGAGCCGAGCGGGCUGGGCGCGACCCCGGCCAGCCGCGGCGCACAGAGCGGUCGGAGGCGCGGGCCAUGCUGCGGUUGGCUCCCGCCGGGGCCCGGACCAUCUUGGACAUGUCGUACGCCCGCCACUUCCUGGACUUCCAGGGCUCCGCCAUCCCCCGGGCCAUGCAGAAGCUGGUGGUGACAAGGCUGAGCCCCAACUUCCGCGAGGCCGUCACCCUGCGCCGGGACUGCCCGGUGCCGCUCCCCGGGGACGGAGACCUCCUCGUCCGGAACCGAUUUGUGGGUGUUAACGCAUCUGACAUCAACUAUUCAGCUGGCCGCUAUAACCCUUCAGUUAAAACCCCCUUUGACAUAGGCUUCGAAGGUAUCGGUGAGGUGGUAGCCUUAGGCCUCUCUGCUAGUGCCAGAUACACAGUCGGCCAAGCUGUGGCUUACAUGGCACCUGGUUCUUUUGCUGAGUACACAGUUGUGCCUGCCAACAUUGCAACUCCAGUGCCUUCCGUGAAACCCGAGUAUCUCACCCUGCUGGUAAGUGGCACCACCGCUUACAUCAGCCUGAAGGAGUUGGGAGAACUGGCUGAAGGGAAAAAAGUUUUGGUGACAGCGGCAGCUGGAGGAACAGGCCAGUUUGCUGUGCAGCUUGCAAAGAGGGCCAAGUGCCAUGUCAUUGGAACCUGCUCUUCUGAUGAAAAGUCUGCUUUUCUGAAAUCUGUUGGCUGUGAUCGUCCUAUCAACUAUAAGACUGAGACUGUUGGUACUGUCCUUAAGCAGGAGUUUCCCGAAGGGGUCGAUGUGGUCUAUGAAUCUGUUGGGGGAGCCAUGUUUGACUUGGCUGUAGAUGCCUUGGCUACCAAAGGGCGCUUGAUAGUCAUUGGGUUUGUCUCUGGCUACCAAACUCCUACUGGCCUUUCACCUGUGAAAGCAGGAACAUUGCCAGCCAAACUGCUGAAGAAAUCUGCCAGCGUCCAGGGCUUCUUCCUGAACCAUUACCUCUCUGAGUACCAAGCAGCCAUGGACCACUUGCUCAAGAUGUGUGCAAGUGGACACCUGGUUUGUGAGGUGGACCUUGGAGAUCUGUCUCCAGAGGGCAGGUUCACUGGCCUGGAGUCUGUAUUCCGUGCUGUCGAUUAUAUGUACAUGGGAAAAAACACUGGAAAAAUUGUAGUUGAACUACCUCACUCUGUCAACAGUAAGCUGUAAAAACAGAACAAUGACGUAAAUCAAAGGAGAAGAAAAUGGGUACUCUAUGCCUUAGAAUUACUCAAAUCAAUUUAUUUUUAGUUGGUAAUGGAUGUAAUAUUUCUUAAAACAAAAGUGAGGUGUUAAUGAAUAGGUUUCUCUCUCUCUCUCUCUCUCUCUCUCUCUCUCUCUCUCUCUCUCUCUCUCUCUCUCUCUGCUCCUACCUUGGGGGGAAAAAUGUGCUAAUAAAACUUCCUUCACUGGCUAAGAGGUAAAACGUUUACAUUUGAUUCUUUAGCCAUGGACAGUCUCAUUCCAGAUUUUAUUGUUCCAGGGAACUUAAUUAAUUCCUGAUGCAAGAUCUGAUCGAAUCAGUAUGUCUUCAGCUUGAUGAGACUUUAAAAUCAGUCUUGAAAAUAGUUCACAAAUUCUUCUUUGCUUUGGGAGAAUUUGGUCUCAUGCUAAUAAGUAGUUCACAAGUGAGAGAUGUAGCAAAUGUCAGUCCUAAAUUUUCAGAGUCCACAUCCUCAGGAAAUGGCCCUUUUUUCCUAUAAAUCACUUACCAACUAAAUAGAAAUUUAGGGAAGUACUCCUCCAAAUUUGAUUUUGUUACGUCAUUAGAAAAAUGAUUCAGUGAAUACAAAUGAAUUGUAAAUAAGUAUCUAUUAUUUAGUGGCUUUUAUCUACAGUCAUCCUAGUGAGACACACAUGAAAUGGAAAAUUUUUCUCUUCUCUUAAGCAAAUUAGUGUUGAAAACAUAUGACAAGAAAGUAAAUAUUGGAACGAGGAACUGUAAAAAUUAGGGAACUUUAAAAAAUUAAUAUAUGCACAGGAAAGGGAAAAGAGUGUGCUACAUUCAAGCGAGGGCACACAUGACAUGACCUGGGAGGGCACUCUCUGGCACACCACAAGGGAUUAACAACGGCAUACUUCAUGUGCCUGAAGUAGCACCGUGCACAGUAGGGACCUAAGUGACCUGAAAUAAUAAUACAUUUGCUUCUCGUUAAAGGCUUUUGGACAUAGGAGGUGUGUUUUAUCUAGUCGUGGAAACACAGAACAGCAGCUCUUGAUCCCACAUUCUCAUUUCACUUCACGUGUUCUGGGGGAGUGAGAUGCUUCUCGUUAGUCUCAUCCGAUGUGACACACUUUUACUGACCAUACAGGAAAAGUAGGGAGACAGACAGUGCCUUCUCUUCUGAAUCAUGCCUACAGCUGAUCCACUUGCCUCUUAACCUUCAGGGCCCCAAAGAUUUCUGCAGCUCUCACCGUUAAGCUGAAAUCCCACAUGCCUUUCUAAUUGAAAGUGAAGUCCACCAGAUUAUUUUUCAAAGUCGUGGGUUUCAGUUAUGUACCACGCUUAAUAAAUAUAAACGCAAUUAAAGAUGCUCCGGGAAAGUUGGGGACUAUAUUUAAUUUUUCUUUCCUUCCAUCUAAGGAGCAAGAAAAGCCUACUGCUGAGUAGCUGUUAGUAUCUAUUUUACAAGAUUUACUUAUUUUCAGGUACCUAAUGUAGCUGCUAGCAUGCAUGCACAACAAUACAAUUUAUAUGGUAAAUGGAACCAAAUAAUGGCUUCACUGAAUGUUAUGGCUGCACUGAAGGGAAAUGUCACGGUAAAUAGCUGCCAAAUUAUGGAUCAUGCCGAAGUGUCACAACUGCACUAAAGACAAAUAGCACUAGAGGCUAUUGCCACAGUGACGCUUUUGAGUUAUGAAGAAGGGUAGCAGCCUGAUGCGAGGCUCUUUGUGUCCUCAUUAUAGCAAAGGGUUACUGGUGCAGGGGACAAGAAGAGCUUGUCCAAUGUGGUGCUUAGUUAUUAAUCUGUCCCUUUCAGACCUAACAGCUGUAGCAAAAAGGAAAGAGACUUUGCCCUGCUUUUACAUAC